ACCUCACAUCCAUUUCCUCAUUCUUUCUCACUCAAAAUACUUUCAAUCAAAAGAUGAGUUCAGCAAUCAGAGCUUGGAGUGUAGCUGCCAGCGUCGGUGUUGUGGAGGCCUUGAAAGACCAAGGCAUCUGCAGAUGGAAUUAUACUUUGAAAUUAGCUCAACAACAUGUCAAAAACAAUGUUAGAUCUUUCUCUCAGGCAAAUAAGCUUUCUACUUCCAACUCUUCAGCUAUCAUCUCUAAAAGACUGAAAGAUGAUAUGGCAAAACAGCCUGAGGAGUCUUUGAGGACAGUCAUGUAUCUAAGCUGCUGGGGUCCUAGUUAAUUGAGGGCAAUUUUAAUUAAAUCUCUUCCAUAAGGGAAUGUCACGGUUUAGAUUUCUACGGGAUGUAUAUAGUUGUUUCUUGUCUGUCAAGGUAUAUUCAUGUACUAUUAAUGGAUGAUAAUGUUGUGUAUUGCCAAAUUUUAUUAUGUGUUUGUUCAUGACUUUAAUGUUAUUUUGUAUUAAAGUUUAUCUGAAUUGAGAAGAAUAAAAAGUUCAUAUUAUUAUUAGUUGAUAUUAAA